CGUGCGUAUUUAUACUAAUCCUAUCUUUAAUACUGACGAAAAUACUGACGAGGACGAGGUGGAUACUGAUAAAAAUAAGGCUAUUACUGGUAAAGUGGUUUAUAAAUAUUUUCUGGCUACAUCAACAGCAAUAACGCAGUAUCUUCUGUGCAACAUGCUUGAUGAAAUCAAAAGAAGAGAGGAUAAAUUUAAUAAAGAUGAAACCAAAAGAGAAGAAAAAUAA